CACACGUACAUGCUCAAAUACUAUUAGCUAACAAUCGAAAAGAAUAAUUAAAUUCGAACAAAGAGAAGAUGUCGAGCUCAUCCUUGACAGCAGCCCCCUUUGUCAAGUGUGGCCAAUUUGGUGCAGGCCUCGUCAGGCAAAAAUGGAACUCUAAGCUUUUUGUCCCUAUGAUCUCUGCAAGGCGCUUCCAGGCAAGUUCACGGAAGGAGGCAUCAACUGUACUCCAGGAUGCAAAAAGCACUGCAGCUUCUGCUAAGAGAUUUGCCGAAGAUGCCAAGAACACAGCUUCUGAAAAAGCAGGAGAAAUAAAUAAGAAGAUGGGAGAUAUGAAAAAAGAAGAUAGUGAUAGUGGUCGGAAAAUGGCUGAGAGUGCAGAAGAUGUGAAGGAGAAGGCGAAGCAAACAGUGCAGGAUGCAUGGGGGACGGUGAAGGAUACCACCCAGAAGAUCAAGGAGACGGUGGUUAGCAAAGCUGAGGAUUCCAAGGAAUCAAUCAAGCAAACUGCAGAGGCUGUCAAGAAAAGCAUGAACCUUAAAAAUUAAUUAACCAACUAAUUACCACAUAAUCAACAACGUCAUCAAAUAUUUCUUUUCAAUUUUUCUUUCUCUUUCUUUUUUGUUUCCUUGUUCAAAGUUGCAGCUCGUGAGUUAGCUUGCAAUGGCAUCCGCAAUAUUGCAGUGAUGUGGAAUGUCUGUAAUGGGCUUCUUUUGUAUUUAACCUUAUUCAUUUACGUGCGAAUAUAAUG